AGAGGCAGAAAGCUUCGCUCUGACUCUUGGWCCGGAACGUUCUGGACUUUUCUGAGACUCGUCAGCUCCCGGACUUCAGCUGGACCUCGGUACCGGACUGGAUUACGUUUUUCUCGGGACUUUAUCUGARGAGUUUGGCGGAUAUUUGCCUUCUAUCCUGGAGCUGCUGGGUUAUCUGACCGACUUCAACAUGACUCUGGAGGAGCUUGUUGGACCGAGCGGCACCGAUAAAAAGAUGCAGACGGUGACCCAGGCUCGGGGGGCUCUGGAGGAGCUGCUGGUCGCGGCUCAGAGGCAGGACUGCCUCACGGUGGGGGUCUACGAGUCCGCCAAGCUCAUGAAUGUGGACCCGGACAGCGUGGUGCUGUGCCUCCUGGCCACGGAUGAGGAGGACGAGGACGACAUCGCGCUGCAGAUCCACUUCACGCUGCUGCAGGCCUUCUGCGGGGACAACGACAUCAACAUCCUGCGCGUGUCCGGAACCAGGCGGCUGGCCCAGCUGCUGGGGGACGACACCGCCGACAGCAACGGGAACGAGCCCCGGGACCUGCACUGCAUCCUGGUCACGAACCCGCAGGUCCAGCCGCUGCAGUGCCAGGCCCUGCAGGACGUCAGCAGGUUCUGUGAGGAGAUCCGCUGCAGGAACCAGUGGGUCCCCUGCCUGAAGCUGCAGGACCGCUGAGCCCAGCCCAGCCGAGCCGAACCGAACCGCCGGGGGGAGCGGUGGAUGGAGCCGGAUAACUGAGCGCCAAACGGCCCAGUCCUCGUGACGGAGAGAGGAGCCCGACCGAACCACGUGCACGGGUUGCCAGAUCCGGUUGACGGGAUGCGGGUCCUGGUUCUGUGGCUCUGGGAGCCGGACCGGACCGAGCUGUGGCUGCAGAGCUGACGAUGAUGAUGAUGAUGAUGAUGAUGAUGAUGAUGAUAAUGAGGGAACUGAGGGAACUGCACGUGAAGCUCCGGACUGAGCUGAUGUGUUCCCUGCUCACCUGUGUGCACACACAGACACACACACACACACACAGACACACACACACAGACACACACACACACACACACACACACACACACACACACAGACUGGACCUGUCUGUGUCUCGAUGACAUCAUGUUCGGACCUGUCUGUGUCUCGAUGACAUCAUGUUCGGACCUGUCUGUGUCUCGAUGACAUCAUGUUCGGACCUGUCUGUGUCUCGAUGACAUCAUGUUCGGACCUGUCUGUGUCUCGAUGACAUCAUGUUCGGACCUGUCUGUGUCUCGAUGACAUCAUGUUCGGACCUGUCUGUGUCUCGAUGACAUCAUGUUCGGACCUGUCUGUGUCUCGAUGACGUCAUGUCUUGUUUUUAAUGAGACAAAUGAUCUGAGAGGAAAAUGAAUCAUGUUCAGCUUUUAUCUGAAUAAAUGUUUGAAAGAGAAA